AUGCAUAGGGCGCUGACGGCACGGCUGCUCAGGCAGGCUCUAAGGGUCGGCGAAGCUGCGCCUUCAACGGGAGUGCCUCUCUAUCUGUGUCCUGCAGUUCGACGAGCGAACCACACCGAGGCUGUAUCCAGCAAUAUCGAAUCGACCGCGGAGUCGCCAUCAACUGAGUUGUUACAAAAGCCAGUUCGAAGAUUGCCAUUGACGUGUUCUGGGUGUGGCGCAUUCACGCAGACUGAGGACCCGGAGCAGCUUGGAUACUAUGAUGUGAGCAAGAGGAGGGUGAGAGAAUGGCUGCAUCCAGUUGUACGGCGUUCGAGUCCUCUGGAAGGCGAUGAGGAUAAGAUUGUCAAUGCCACGCUCGAAGCCUUGGACCAGAGCAGGUUGAAAGAGCUUGGUUUGGAUCCCGCGACGCUUGUCGAUGGCGAUGGGACAGAAAACCAGAGCAUGAGCUUGACAUCGCACCAAAAGGCACCCGUUUGCGAUCGUUGUCAUGACUUGCUACACCACAGCACAAAAGGCGACACCGCAAAGGUCACCAUGUACCAUCCAAGCGUCGAGUCUCUGCGAGAGACAAUUGAGGAGUCGCCUCACAAGUAUAACCACAUCUACCACGUCAUCGAUGCCGCCGAUUUCCCCAUGUCUCUCAUUCCGCGGCUCAAUGUGCUGCUGGGCGACGUUCCACUGCGCACGCGCAAUCGACGCUCCCGAGCGGACAAGUACCAGAACGAUCGCAAGACCGAGAUGAGCUUCAUCAUCACAAGGGGUGAUCUCUUGGGUCCGACCAAGGAGAUGGUGGAUGCCAUGAUGCCUUAUCUGAAAGACGUAUUGCGCGAUGCACUGGGGAGACUUGGUCAGCGAAUCCGCCUGGGCAAUGUCAGGUGUGUCAGCGCGAGACGAGGAUGGUGGACCAAGACAGUCAAGGAGGAUGUCUGGAAUCGUGGCGGCGCUGGAUGGAUGGUUGGCAAAGUCAACGUGGGGAAGAGUCAGCUUUUUGAAGCCAUCUAUCCAAAGGGCAGAAUGAUCGACAAGCCCGAACGAGCCAGCGGUUCGACGCAACCAAGAGGCUCGUCUACCGACAAAUCAACGACGACUGAGGAUGAUGAGAGUUUAGCGACUGUCAACUUUGGAUCUCUGCUUCCUCCUCCUCGGCCGGCUCAGAAUUAUCCAGACAUGCCCAUUGUUUCGUCACUGCCAGGAACAACUGCAUCUCCCAUCCGCAUCCCUUUUGGCAAUGGCAAGGGAGAGCUCAUCGAUCUGCCAGGGUUGGCACGCAGUGAUCUUGAGCUGUAUGUAAAGGAAGAGCAUAGGCAGUCGCUCAUCAUGAAAAAACGCAUCAUUCCUGAGCAGGUUACUGUCAAGCCGGGGUCCUCGCUUAUUCUAGGUGGAGGAUUGAUUCGAAUCACUCCUCGAACACCAGACAUGAUCUUUCUCAUGUACAAUUUUACGCCACUUCACGAGCAUCUGACCUCAACGGAAAAGGCCGUCACAUUCCAAGGUCAAAGUCACCAAUCCAUUGGCCUUGAAAACAUCACUUUGCCAGGAGCUGGAGACAAGAUGAAACACGCUGGCACAUUCAAACUCGAUCAUGAUGUAACCAAAAAGAGAGCUGGACCAUUAACCAGAAAGAGCGCGAUUGGGUUGAACGUUGAACAGCUACCAUUCCGUGUGCUGUCUGUGGAUAUCCUCAUUGAGGGCGUUGGGUACGUUGAGAUCGUCGCUCAAGUUCGCAGACGAGCUCUGGAGCGCAUACUUGCGUCUCAAAACGCAUUUAGGGAAGUUGAGCAGGAGACAAGACCAAGAGAGACGCCGCGUAACACCAGCGACCCGUUUUCGGAUAUGUACAGCAUGAGGAGGGAUACAGCCGGCCACGACAAAGCCACGGAGCCCAAGGUGCAGCUGCAGCCUCAAGAGUCGUCAGACUGGCCGGCUGUUGACAUCUACUCUCCCGAAGGCAAGUUCAUUGGCUCGAGAAAGCCGAUCAACGGGUGGCUGAACAACAAGCCACGCGAGCUGGCGGAACACAAGAAAAGCCGCCCCAGGAGAAGCAUGAAGGGGGCGAAGAAGCUUGAAAAGCAGCGAAGGGGCGAGCACCACGAUGCGUGA